GAUUAAAAUUUUGCACCUUGUCAAAACUUUGUACCGGUUCGAUGAUUUUAAUUGAUGUUACAGAUAUUUGUAGCAUUACAGUGUAUCUAGAGUAUUCUUUUUAAAAGAAAGUGUAUUCUCAUUACAAUUAUUCGUUUGUCGCAGUGUAUCAUCGAAAGGUGUAAAGUAAUUUGCUCUCGUUGAAAGAGAACUAACCUCUCUUUUAUUAAAAAUAUCGUUAUUUCUCAAACAAAGAAUGGAUUGAAAGUGUCGGAUGUGAUGCGGUGUUUAUUCCAAUGGCGGUAAAAGAACAGCUCGUCAUUCCUCGAAGCAGUGGUUUCAAAAACGGCAACUAUUUUCCCGGACGAAGAUCAAAGGGAGAAGGCUAAAGGAUCUACCUGUGACCUGUUUCCAUCCAAGGGACAUUCAUUGGUCAACGUCGGUGUGUAUACCUGCGGCGAACGCGCAGUAGCGCAGGUAUAGGUAUAUCCUUUCUCGCAUGCCCCUUCCUUGCAACAGGACAAAGCGGCUUCGUUGGUUCCCGUUACGGCAGACUUCGGUUGUGGCUCGCAAAAGAAAGGCGGAACGGCGGAAAAAUCUGGUGGAAGCGUGCGCGGAAGGAUCUCGGUUAAAUUAAAAUCAUCUUUGGCGAUCAGUGUCUCGUGUGCUGUUCUCGUACGAAGUGGACGAUUCCAGGUAGUGGUGUACAAUCGUGUUCACCGCGCAUGGUCCGUCGAGAAGAACCACCCUGCUUUUCCUAAUUACUUUAAUUACAAAGACGAGCCUAUUCGACGUGCACAGUCUGUAUCCGGUGUUUCCGAAGAGGUGUAGUGUUUAAGGUAGAUAUUGUUCGCGUAUAAGAAUCGAAUGAAAAUGGCGGCCUAAAUCUGAUCGGUGAUUGAACUCGUCGAUCGUUUUCGUGGCGGUAGAUUGAACGGAUUCUUUAGCUGCUCGCGUAAACGUGGCUUCGUCCAUGGCAAGGAUACGUUCUGUUGAUUCUGUUGAAUGGUGGAAGCCGGCACGAUUACUCGCGGAUCGCGCUACGAUAUUUUGCUAAAAAAAAAAAGGUUCCGAGUCGAAGCCGAUUAAAGAAAGAGGAGAAACCGAAAGGCUGGCAUGAUCCGCGAUACGCUUAGGAAUGCAUAUCAACGCACGAAUGAACGUAACGGGUGGUUCGUUGAGAGGUCCGUUACCUUCGGUGUUUCGUGAGACGUCAACGUGCUCGUGUUGCCGCUUGAAAUCAAGAGAGUGUGCAGCGUCGACUUAACAAAGAUAUCGAUUAAUCGAACGCGUCGCGGCGAUUACGGUUGUCCUUCUAAAGAUCGUCGAUCGUAAGAAGAGAAAUCGAGGCAGAGACAUCGAGCGAUGAACUAGAACGUAGAAGGCGAGUAGAAAUUCUAGUUUGCCGCGAACAAGCGGAGAAAAAGAAGGAAUCUUCGUAGACGUUCGAGGGAGGUGAAUCUCGAUAUGAGAAUCGGUGGAUCGCAAGAAUUCAAAGUGUCGAAUGAGAAGAGGUAGUAAGAGAUUGGUCCGCAUGGGAGUAGCGAGAAGCGGUAGAUCAUCUUUGUCGAUUCCUUCGGGCUGUCGAGGUCGUGGCAACGAGAACGAAGGAGGAAAAAGAGGACGGCCGUCUAUCCAGGCCGUGGAAAAAUCGAGCGUGCAGUGGUCGGUCGAACGAUGGCGACAACAACCGGUAGAUACGGUGCUAUGGAGAUGAGACAUUCAAAAAGCGAGGAUCUCCUCGGUGUGAUCGGUGGUUCGCGAUCUCCGAGUCCUAGCGUGGCUUUGCCGAGCACGGCCUCCGAGGACGACCUUAUCGCGGCCAGCGCCCUUCACGAGGCUACUGACACCACCGUGAAACCUGCCUGUCCCUUGUUAUCCUCGAGGGUCGCAGGAGCAGCUGGUAUCCCGGCAGAUCGCAUCGAUCCCGAGGAUUCUAUCCGGGAUAUCGUCACGGAGAACGAUCUGUACAGGUUCGUGUUGUUCAAACGCCACUACGACAAGUACGUCGCCCUGGCCGCCAAGUACGAGGAAGCUAAGGGUGUCGCAUAUUACUUGGAAGAACGUUAUCACGAGGUUAAGGCCGAGAGAGAUAAAUUGGAGGAGGCCCGGCGAAACUUGGAGAAACGAUUAGAAGGAUGCGAGGCAGAGCUCCGUGGCAAGGAAGACGAAUUGUUUCUUCAGCUAGAGCGAAGCCUUCGUUUGGAGGAAGAGGUGGAAAGAGCAAAGAACGAACGGGACAGCUGCCUAGCUGCCCGUGAUCGUCUGGACAGGCAACGCGAGGUAGCUUUGCGACGUCUGCAAAUGCAACUAGCGCAAAACGAGAUUACAAGGCAAACGCUUGAACGAGCACGGCAGGAUGUCGUCAGACAGGCUACUGUUAUACGCGCCGAGCGAGAUGCUCUUGAAAGAGAGAAUGAAGUUUUAAAGGAGAAACUUCGCGUAGAACAAGGAGAAUUAGGGGAGGAAAGACGAAGACGAGAAGAAGGCGUAGCAGCACUGACUCGAGAAACGAUCACGUUGAGACACGCUGCAAGACACCUUCGUGCGGCUACUCUUCACGCCACAGCUUGCCGCCGUCGUCGACGAUGUUCCGUGUGUCUGUACGCAAGACGUACUUUUGCAGAGAUCGAUGAUUAUCGCGACGAUGGCAAUCUUUUCAAGUGCCUUCAAGUUCCGCUACAGGACCUACGCACCUGGUUACGUCCAAACGCAACGUCGACAACACCAACAUCACGGGGACAAAGAACCAACUCACCGUUGGCCGAUCGAGAAAUAAGUUUUAUCGACGAUUCCAGCGUCGACAGUAGCGCUGGCGGAAGCAAUGUGAGCAACAGUAGCAGCAGUAGCAAUAGUGCUUCAGACGAUGAGGCGUAUCCAAGUACCCCAGUGGCUGAAAUCUCGCUUUCGUCAGCCAAUUCAAGCGCUCCGCCAACAGCUAGAGCAUUUUCUUCCGAUUCAGGCUUUUCGUCGGAGAUUGGAGAUCGAAGAUCACGAUGCUAUGAAAAUGGGGGUAGUAGCACGAGUAGCAGCAGCGGUAAGAGCAGAAAGAUCAGCGAGUCGCUUAGCUGCAGCGAGCCGGACGAACAGAGUACAGGAGGAUUCACUCGGUCAAGAUGGACCUCCUCGUUUCGCAAGUUGUUAGGGCGAAAACCGAAAACCAAAUCAACGCCCGACCGUACCUCGCGAAGAAACGAAGACUGAGAAAUGAAUGAGCAUAAUAUCAAGGAAAGGCAUCGUGCACGAAACACGUAGUGCGAAAUCACCGUGAAAUUUAGUGCUCCCGCCCUUUUUCGGCUGCGUCAUUGAUCUAUCGAAAUCCUUUGCUCGGUCGGUAAAACAUUCCAAAGGAACUCCUUCAGAGAUAGAAAUCAAUUCGAUCAUACAUUAUAACUGCCAACACGUUGAUAUUAUAUUAUAUUAUAAUUAUGAAGAAUUCUCCUCUAUCAGGUAACAUCCAAUUUAAAGAACGCGUUGAGGACCACAAGUUUCGGAGCUAAAACAUGAAAAAUUUUUCCUCGAAAAAUCGAUAUUUGUAGUUCACUUUACCCGUGUUUCGUAGUUAUUGACCCCUGAUUUUUCGAUCGUCCAAACUCGUAACAUUAUAUAGAAAUUGAAGUUUAAACAUUUAUUACAAAUAUAAACGAUCGAUCGAGUUAAUAUAAGUUUUGAAAAAAAAAAAA